AUGGCUGAAAGUACCACGUUAGAAACUAUUGAGAUACACCCAAUUACUUUUCCACCUGAAGUUCUUGCGAGAAUAUCUCCAGAAUUGUCUUUACAAAGACACUUAUCCCUAGGAAUCAGGCCAUGUCUAAGAAAAUAUGAAGAAUUUAGAGAUGUUGCUAUAGAAAAUAAUACUUUAUCGCGUUAUGCGGAUGCUGGUAAUAUAGACACUAAAAACAACAUUUUAGGCUCAAAUGUUUUGAAAAGUGGGAAAACCAUAGUCAUAACUUCUAUUACGGGUGGAAUAAUAGAAGAAACUAGCGCCGCGAUUAAAGAUUUGGAUGAUUUCGGUGAGGAAGAAUUGUUCGAAGUGACCAAAGAGGAGGACAUAAUUGCAAAUUAUGCUUCUGUCUAUCCGGUGGUGGAAGUUGAAAGAGGUAGAGUGGGCGCUUGCACCGAUGAAGAAAUGACUAUAUCACAAAAACUACACGAUUCCAUAUUGCACUCUAGGAUAUUGCCUAAAAAAGCCUUGAAGGUAAAAGCUGGUGUUCGUAGUGCGAAUGAAGACGGUACGUUUUCCGUCUUGUAUCCCGAUGAAUUAGAAGAUGAUACGCUGAAUGAAACAAACCUGAAAAUGAAAAGAAAAUGGUCAUACGUUUUGUAUGCGAAAAUUGUAGUCUUGAGUCGCACUGGUCCAGUCUUCGAUUUGUGUUGGAAUUCUUUGAUGUACGCUUUACAGAGCGUAAAGUUACCUAGAGCAUUUAUAGAUGAGCGUGCGUCCGAUUUAAGAAUGACUAUAAGAACAAGAGGAAGAAGUGCCACCAUAAGAGAAACGUAUGAAAUUAUUUGCGACCAAACUAAGUCAGUACCGUUAAUGAUAAACGCAAAGAAUAUUGCAUUUGCUUCAAAUUAUGGGAUAGUGGAGUUAGACCCCGAAUGCCAAUUACAAAACUCUGAUAACUCUGAAGAAGAGGAAGUGGACAUUGAUAUGGAUAAAUUGAACACUGUGCUAAUAGCAGACCUAGAUACUGAAGCGGAAGAAACAAGUAUACACAGUACGAUCUCCAUCCUCGCUGCUCCUUCAGGUAACUAUAAGCAAUUAACAUUAGUGGGAGGAGGCGCUAAAAUAACGCCAGAAAUGAUAAAAAGAUCAUUGUUGUUAUCUAGGGUUAGAGCGGACGAUUUGUCAACAAGAUUUAACAUAUAA